AUGUAUCGGCCGAACUUCUACGAGAGCACGUGCUUCCGGUGCAGCGAGAUCGUGUACCAGGUGGACCGCGUUGGGCCGCUGAAGGACUUCACGUUCUUCCACAGCGGAUGCUUCAAGUGCGCGGUGUGCGGCACCAAGUUGACCUUGAAAACGUACUACAACAACCAGCACUGGACCGAGGACAAGGAGGUCUACUGCUCGAGUCACGUACCCAAAAUCGGCCCCGGCCACCUGGACAACUCGUCGGUGGGCAUCCGAAGCGCCCUCAACGUGCCGCGCAGUAACAAUUACGUCAACGAGCAGAUACGCGGCCACGCGCGCAAUAGCCACGACAGCGAGUAUAAUAUUUCAAGAGCGGAUGUAUACGUGUCGCCAACGCGCGCCACAAAUGGAGGCAGCGUGCACGCCUCACCCGCGCGGGAACUCUCCCGUGACACACCCGAUUACCAAUAUGGCCGCUUCGACGCCAGUGCCUUGCACAUUGCUCACGCGCUCAAGCAGACGGAACUGCAGAAGGCCUACCACAGGCCCAGGGAGAAACCGAUCGACUGCUAUUUGAUCAGUCGCAUACCUUCUUCACCGGCUAGAACAGAUCGCGUGACUGCCGACUGCGAAGAAUGUGGGGAAGCUGGCGCAAAUCAUGAGCUCCCAGCGACUGGUUGCAUCUGGAUGCGUAUUGCUCUGUGCUUAGCUGGUAACAAUAUAAUGUCCGCAGAGGCGCCCAAAAUC